AUGUCGUCAACAACAACAGACUACUCCAAGCUCAAAGUCACCGAGCUCCGCGAGGCCCUCCAGAAGCGGAACCUCCCCACCGUCGGCGUAAAGUCCGAGCUCGUCGCGCGCCUGGUCGCCGCAGACGCAUCAGCAGACGCCCCCUCCCCCGCCGCAAACAAGAGCCAUCUCCCCACCGCCGACGACUACGACGUCGACUGGGACGACAACGACGACCCCGCGCCCGCGCCCGCCGCCGCCGCUGCUGCAACCCCCAACACCACCACCACCCCUACCGCCGCCUCUACAGCCACCCCCACCACAACAGCACCCAAACCAGGGCCCACGCCCGCCGCGGCAGCACCCUCACCAGCGGAGCCCGCAAAGCCAAAAAAGAAGUUUGCCUCCAUCGCCGCGCUCUUUGACACUGCGACGCCCGCCACCACCACCACUGCUGCCGCCCCCGCAAAGGGCAAAGACGCCGCCGCAACACAAAACUCGCAAUCACCGUCCUCGCCCUCGACCGUCACGGACGAGGCUGCAACCAGCACCACCGCCGCCGCCCCUGCAACAACCAGCGCGCCCAAGGCCGAGGAGCCAUCAUUUGCCGCUGGCCUCUCUGCCUCAACGCUCGACGUAGAGCUCGAGCGACGCAAGGCCCGCGCCAAGCGCUUCGGCAUGGACGACAACGCGGCCACCACCGAGGCGACCAAGAAGCUCGAGCGCGAGAAGCGCUUUGGCAGCGGCGCUGCCGAGGACGCGCCAGAGAAGAAGAAGGAGGUUGUCAAGGGCCUCGACUCGGCGCUCCCCGACCGCCGGGACAGAAAGCGUGGCGCGCCGCCGGCCCAGGACACGAGGGGCAGCAAGAGGACCAGGGGCGGAAAUAACAAUAACAACAAUAAUAACAAUGGCGCGGCACGCGGCGGUCAGCAGCAGAGGAGGGCGCAGGCGCCCGCUGCGGGCGGUGCCCAGAAGAAGGGGGGCUAUAAGGCGGUUCUGGACGACCCGGCGGAGAAGGCAAAGGCGGAGGCCAGGGCGAGGAAGUUUGGGCUUGCCUAA